GUACUUCUGGCCAGUUGUGAGUUGGCGCCUGCUGUGGCCACAAACGCUUCUGGAGAGAGUCUGACUGUAGCGAGUGCAAAUCCCUCAGCCGUCCUCUCAUCCUCAGUCACAAUUCUCUACUUUCAACCUUGGGAGGCAGCCCAAGUUUGUAUGAUCUCUGCCUCGAUUGACAUCUGA